AUGUCAGCAAUGGAGUUAGAUAAUGACAUCUCCACUGUGUUGGCCACAAUGAGGUCGGAGACAGAAAACUCAGAUUUGAUACAAAUCUUUUACGAAUUGGAAGAUUUUUAUGAGCGAAAGUUAUGGCACCAAUUGACUUUGUCCUUAGAGCAGUUUUUCCUGAUUCCAGAAUCAGAGCAAUUGAGAUUUCAAAUCUACAAUGGUUUUGUAGCGAAGCUUCUCCUGAAGCUUAAUCCGAUUAAAGCUACUGAUUUCCUUCUUGAAAGUUUUGAUGAGAAGUAUGAAGAUAUUGUUGAGAAUUUGUUAGUAUCUAAGAAUUUCUAUAUUAAACAAAUCAAAUCAAAUCAAUCAUCAAAAAUCGACAAUCUAGAUGAAGUAAUUGAAAAUGACGAAUCAUUGAUAUAUAUUAACUUGCAACUCGCUCGGUAUUACUUAUUAUUGAAUGACAUUCCAAGCGCUGAAAAGAUUUUAGAUGCUUUAAAUUCGAAAUUCAAUAAUGCUGAUUUCGAAAGCAAUUUCAAUUCCAAAAUCAAUGCCGCUUUUUACUUGACCAAUUGUCAAUAUUAUAAGAUUAAUGAGAAUUAUAACCAAUUUUAUUUGAACGGUCUUUUAUACUUAUCUUCGGUAGAUAAUUUGCUGAAUGAUGAGGAAAUCAAGUUAUGUUAUGACUUAUGUAUAUCAGCACUUCUAGGAGACAAGAUAUAUAACUUCGGAGAACUUGUUUUACACAAUAUCUUGAACGUUAUAAAGGAUAAUGAGUAUAAUUGGUUAUAUCAUUUGAUAAUCAAUUUGAACUCUGGAAAUUUACCGGAAUUCAACAAAUGGCUUAGUAUCGGACUAAAAAAAUGCCCAUUUUUGACCAAAUUUGAAGUAUUCUUAAAACAAAAGAUUAUUAUUAUGUCAUUAUUAGAAUUAAUUUCUCAGAAAUCGACAGCAAAUAAGCAAUUGACGUUUAAGGAGAUAAGUAACUUCACUGGCACACCGUUGAACGAUGUGGAGCAUAUAAUCAUUAAGUGUUUCUCUCUUGGUCUUAUCAAGGGUCAGAUUAAUCAGUUAGAUCAUGUCUUACUGGUUACGUGGCUCCAGCCUAGAAUAUUAGAUUUAACUCAAAUCAAGAUUUUGUAUGAUCACUUGAUCAGGUGGACUAAUAGCGUAGAACACUUAGGCUUGGAAGUAAACAGGGAUGGUGGCUCUAUUUGGACUGGUUUAUAG